GAUUUGCAGAUUGGGAUCAUCAGACAACGUCCGCAGUCAUUUAACACUGAAACCAAAGUACAAAUACAGUACUGUAGCGUAAUGCAUUCCAAGCUCAAGACACCGUGAAUGUUGCAACUGUCCUUUUUCUAAGUCCAGAACUCUCCUUGUUUCUCUCGUAUGGAGGACUAUUGAAACGAUUAUUAUUUUUUAAUUUUUUAUUAUUGGUCGGGAGGCCCAUCAGGCUUGAUUCAAUGUUAUGGCGGUUCGGUUAUUUUGGGCAGCAGCUUUGAUUGUGAACUCGAGGAAAAUGUCAUUGUGAGGUUGCCCUGACUGGCUGUCACACAGGCUCGCGGAAACGCUCGCGCGACCCCCCACUCGCGUCUCGCCAACCCCGCCGGUGGGAGAACGAGGCUGUUUGUUGACACAGUGGAGACAAGGUUCCCUUCAGUCCUCUCCCCUCCGCGCUUCGGCGUUUUCGCCAGGCCGAGGGACACGCGUUAGUCUCGCGGCCCCUUCCGGCUUCACCUUCUUCCCGGGGAUAGAACCGGACGAGACGGGCUAUGCUGUUAGAUGACACAAACCUCAUUACUAAGGACGGAUGGAAGUCUUUCUACAUUGGCUAAGGGCUUUACUAGCUGCCUACCCAUCUCUCUAUGUAGCUGGCGAACAGGCUGUCUCCGCAAUGGUGGGACGUAGCAAACAGAAAAUGUGGUGUCAGCGAGGGUCGCCCCCCCUGCCAAUGCCGUCUCCUUGACCCCCACCCCCUGCGACGACCAUCGGCCUUCAGCCUCGCCUCAACUUCCCGCCGGGAUGGCGAGUGGCUGCCGCUUGCUCGCCCUCGCCGUGACUCUGCUGGGCUUUCUGAACUCGUCUGUGACCACGCCGAUGCCUCGGGUCUCCUUCUCCAUGGGUAGUCCGGGGAGACGCCUUACCCACUUCAGCAGCGCCGACGUGGGCAACACCACCACGCUGCUGCUCAGCGAAGACGGCGAUACGCUUUACGUGGGCGGACGCGACGCCGUGUUGGCGCUGGACGUCGGCCUCCGGGACGCCAUUGUCCUGCGAAACAAGCUGGACUGGAGGCCUUCGGAGAAAGACCUGCAGCAAUGUUCCAUGAAAGGCAAGAAGAUGGCGGACUGUCCCAAUUUUAUCCGCGUGCUGCUCUUCCUGAACGCCACUCACAUCUAUGCCUGCGGAACCUUUGCCUUCAGUCCGCGUUGUAUCUACAUUAACUCUGAUACCUUUGCGGUGAGCCUCAAGUCGGAUGAGGGGCGAGGUCGCUGCCCUUAUGAUCCCUACCAGCGCAACACGGCCAUCGUCGUAGACGGAGAGCUUUACACCGGCACGGUGGCCGACUACCGGGGCAACUGGCCGCUCAUCUCCCGCCACCUGAGCCGAGGCUCCCGCGUGGACCUCAAGCUGGACGACACGCUGGGAUGGCUGGAGGAUCCCACCUUCAUCAGCUCCACCUUUGUUCCAGACGAGGGCAAAAUUUACUUUUUCUUCAGCGAAGUGGGCCGAGAGUACGACUUUGUCGACAAGUUUGUCGUCUCGCGCGUUUCCCAAGUCUGCACGAGUGACGUCGGGGGCCAGCGGACGCUCCAGCGGCGCUGGACCACCUUCGCUAAAGCGCAGCUGCUGUGCCAGGCGGACGGCGAGUUGCCGUAUAACGUCCUCCAGGACAUGGCCAGCCUGCCGCCGGCCGCCGACGCGCCGGCCGACGACACGCUUUUCUACGGCAUCUUCACCUCUCAGUGGUCGGUCAAUUUGGGACUGUCGGCCGUGUGUUCGUUCCGCCUGGCGGACAUCAAGUCGGCGUUCUCGGGCGGCUACAAGGUCCUCAACCGCGACACGCUGCAGUGGAGCACCAGGGUGCAGGAGAGGGUGGCCAAUCCGGGACAGUGCGGUCUGCACAACGCGUCGGACAACGCUCUGCGCUUCGUCAAGGAGAACUUCUUGGCGGACGACAGCGUGCGGCCGGCGGGCGGGCGUCCCACCUUGGUGUCCGCCGAGCACCGCUACAGCCACCUGAGCGUCCAAAGGGUGCGGGCGGCCGACGGCGCCGACUACGCGGUCCUCUUUCUCCUGACGGAGUCGGGCUACCUUCACAAAGCCGUGCUGCCGCGGACCGGGCCGGCCCACGUGGUGGAGGAGGUGCAGGUGUUUGUUGCGCCGCAAGCCGUCACGAGCCUGAAGCUGUCCAUAGCCAAGGGCCUGAUCUACGUGGGAACGUCGGAGGGAGUGCUGGGGCUCCCGACGGCCAACUGCUCCUUCUACUGGACCUGCGCCCAGUGCGUGCUGGCCCGGGACCCCUUUUGCGGCUGGGACGCCGCCCGUCGGCUCUGCUCCGGACUCUCCGCCCCCCGCCUGGGCCAGGACGUGGAGGGGGGUGACGUGGAGAAGGCCUGCGAGAGCGUGGCCUCCAUGCACCCGGCUCGCUUCGGACCAAACGGCUUGCCCGCGGGCGAGCCGCUGGCGGUGUCCCUGCACGAGGUGGUGCGUCUGGCGUGCCCGGCGGCGUCGCGGCUCUCCCGCCAGUGGUGGGAGCGCCCCGACAGCCGGCUGUCCCCGGAGCUCUUCUUGCGGCUGGAUGACGGCAGCCUGAGCUUCGUGGCCACGCCCGCCACCCUGGGCCACUACCUGUGCCUGUCGGCCGAGAACGGCUUCCGCCAGACGCUGGCCGUCUACCACGUCAAGCAGAAGAGCGGCCCCCCGGGCCCCCCGGGGCCCGACUUCACCUUCUGGACGGCCAAAGAGGCGGCCUUCCGAGACGGGGAGCCGCUUGCGGCGCCGCGGACCCCUUCCUAUUUCAAGGAGCUGGUGGCCGUCUCGGUCCUGUUGGCGCUUUGCCUGAGCGCGCUGCUCGCCAUCCUCCUCCGCGCCGUCAAACGGCGGUGGCGCGGCCGCACGGCACCGCAGCGGCCGGACGUCCAUGAACGAACCUCGGCGGAGGGUGGCGCCCUCCGGUCGGGGCCGGAGGAGAGCAAGCGCGACGGACGUGCGUUCGACGCCGCCUCCAACGGCCACUUGCCCAACACGCCCAUCUGAACACGGCGCUCCAGGUAGGGAAGACGACAUUAUGGCCUGACUUCAAAUAGCCAAACGUGCCGGCCGAGAGUGUUUGGAGCACGCUGAAUACAACAACGCAGCCAAAACUUGAUCGAGAAGUGAAAAGUUAUGUGAAAACGCUCCAAGACCAAAAUUAUUAUUAUAAGAAACGGAAUCAUUUCUUACUGUCAUGGGGGCAGGGCUGGUACCCAAAUAAAUUGAUAAUAUGGCAGAAAUGAAGUUCGAAUAUGAUGAGAUGGAAAGUUGCUUCAUUUGGGG